ACUUUACGCAUCCCACUAUAUCUCUAUUUGCCAUAUUUCUCAAUCUGCGUAUGGACCCGUCUUUGAUGCAGAGCGCCAAAUAGCCUCAGAUGACCCAUGAGUCCUUCUCCCGAUUCGUUCGCGGAGAGUCCGUCUAGUCACGUGCGGAACACUCCAAGCCGGCCCAGUCGAACCCGUCGGACGCUCCGCAUUCGAGUUGCUUGUCUCCGUUGCCAGCGCCGCAAAAUCCGGUGUGACGGAGUCAUCCCGUCAUGUGGGUCUUGCUCAAAGGCAGGAGCAGAAUGUAUGGACGGCGGAAAGCUGGAUGGCAUUGAUUCACCCCGCGCGUACAUUUCAAGCCUUAAACGUCGCAUCCGGUGGCUGGAGUCUACAAUUUUGACGAAUUGUCCCUAUAUUGAUUUGUCGCAAGGUCCCACGGCUCUGAACGAGUCAGGCCAGGAUGAUCUAGCAGAUGAAGGAGAAAACGGAGAGAGUAGCCUGUCACAGCCCACGUCCCAGAAUCUGGGGCAGACACACGUCGAUGAUAGUGUCCUUCCACACCCGGAAUUGUCUAGGGAAAGUCAGGGUGUAGAGCAGUCCAGCGAAGCCCCCCGCCAACCAAAUGAGCAACAGCGGGGGCUUGCGCAUGAAAUUGGCCUGGUUUCUUUAUCCGCUGGAACGGACCCCAAGUACAUCGGACCUUCGAGCGGGUACUUCUUUGCGAAGCUAUUGCUCUCAUGUGCGAGGCAAGGUAAACAGAGCUUUCCACCACGAGAGCAAGAGCAGAGCACAGAAAGUCGCCUAGCACGUCUCUUUCCUCGAGGAGCAUUAUCCGUCCCUCCUUCUGCAUUGCCAGAAGACAUAGAGUACACGAUAAUGAUUUCAAAAGCAUACUUUGAGGCGAUCCAUCCACAGUAUCCUUUUCUUCACCAGCCAUCGCAUAUGAAGCUCAUCGAGCAUGUCUAUACAGAGCCGAAGCCCUUGCCAAAUGCGGCAUUCCAAGUUUAUAUGGUAAUGGCUAUUGGAGCGACAGUUCUUUCUAGACGUCUAAAGCUCCCCUUAUCGGGCGAAGGAUUCUGUGUUAGUGCGAUGAAGUAUUUUGACAAGCUCUGCAUCGAGAAUUCUCUGAAAGGGUUACAAAGCCUUCUUUUGCUACUUAUUUACACUUUGAAUAGCCCUUCUAUGGGUCUGAACAUCUGGUAUCUAAAUUAUCAGUGUAUUGCAGCGUUACUCGACCUUGGGCUGCAACGAGAUGUUAGAUCUGGAAGGACACUAUCAGUUAUUGACCAGGAGCUGAGGACAAGAACCUUUUGGGUCAUAUAUAGCCUUGAUAGGUCUGUUGCGACAAUGAUGGGGAGGCCGAUUGGGCUGAGAGACGAAGCCUGCGAGUUACGACUACCAGCGGACGUGGAAGAUGUCAAAUUGACAGCAACUGGUAUGCAGCUACGUUUAGAAACCGAGCAGCCGACCCAUAUGAGCAGCGCCAUUCAUCUUUUUAAGCUGUCGCAACUUAAUUCUGAGAUGAAGUACGUACUGCAUAGCAUCUCCGCCGAGGCACCGCCAUAUAGCUACCCCAAUAUUCCAAAUAUACAACAGUGGCAAACCGAUAUUACCGUGCGCUUAAAGGCAUGGUUUGAUCAAAUACCCCAAUUCACAGGCGAUCAGAUCUACAUGACCCAUCUAUGCCAGAUCAAGUAUCACGGCAUUAUGAUGCUUCUCAUGCGCCCAAGCCCAGCCAUACCAAACCCGUCGGUCGAUUCACUCCGGUCAUGCUACGAAAGUGCAGUUGCUAGCAUUCGAAUAUAUGACCAGCUUUAUAAACGCGAUCUCUUAGUUUACAGCUGGGUCACUGUUCAUUCGUUAUUCUUGAGUACGAUAACAAUGCUUCACUGCAUUUGGACCGUACCAGAAGUAACUGCACAGAUCAAAUUAGAUGUACUAAUGGCCGAUUUGAAAGCUGGGUCGAAUGUCCUCAGCGCCACUGGCGAGCACUGGUUGGAAGCGAAACGAAGUAGGGAUGUUUUAGACGAACUCUCGGGAACCACUGUGCGCUGGAUUAUAGAAUCAAGAGCACGGGGUACGGAGCCCGUAUCUCGCGCUGGACAGGGAAGAAGGGGUGCUGGAUCUUCUGCUAACAACAUUGGUGCUCCUGGCCAUACGGAUCGACACGAAAAUCAACCAGAACAAUCUCCUGGUAACCAGUCUCUCCUGAACUACGAACAGGGUCCAGAAAUGGUGUUUAGUCAGCCACACGGACUGGAUAUCAGCCAGAAUGGGCAGGACUCUGGUGUACAGCUCUAUACGUCGCUGUUCGGCGAAGAUAACCCGACGGAUCAAGUUGAUUUCACAAAUCCCGCAACCGUCAACGCCUUUAUGCAUAGGGUAUUCACAGAUUUUGAGCCCGUGUACGAUUUCGGACAGGACUUUGAUAUGGAUCAAAUUAUGGACGGACAAUUCUGAUUCGUCUAAUGUGGGGAGCGCGAUUGUUAGAUUUGUUCCAUUUAUCGAUUAAUAAUCGGUCAAGUUCAGCUUAAACAGACUGUCUUAGAAAAUGGGCACCAUGAGCCACACCGUAUAUAUAUAACUUAUACUCUGGAGGCACGGCUUCCAAUACCUCCCUAUGAAAGAGCUCAUGAGGGUUUUUACUUGAAGUAAAUAAAUUAAGGGAAAAAUUUAGGAAUAUUGGAGGUUCUACAGAAACGCAGCCUCCCCUUUUUCUUCACGGCGAGAAUAUAAUUAUGCAACGAUACGACGUGUAUGAGUAUGCCUCACUCGAAUUAACUAACCGAUCCUUACGUAUAAUGGGUGCUGCUUGAGUAUUUAAUCGAGACAUACCCAGAAUGAGUGGUACUUGGGGAAUAUUAAGCGCCAAACAUGGCUAUUUUAAAGAGCAUAUACUAUGAUAUUUUCACGGGGGACGUGAUUCCUCCCCACCCGAAAAACCAGCCCAGUCAAAGCGCUUAGUAGACUCACACGCCUGGUAUGCGAUACUAUCCAACGAAGUUGGCGCCUGGCAUCAAAACCCUCCCCCUAUUAUUAAUCAAACACAGUGCUAGAUCUGGGCACUUUAUUCUGCAAUCUGGGGUCAGCGCCCAGAAUGUAGAGUUUCUCUCAAAGAGGAGCUGGGCAGCGCAGUGCGACUGGGGCUCUUAUGUAAAUCUUAGUGAUGCUCCACCAUUGACACACCUAACCCACCCUGGGAUGGUGGAUCCUUUAGCAUUUAAGGUAUGAGAUGGUACGCGCGUUUGUUGAGAAAUCUCCAACAAUCCCCAAUGGAGCGGAGUCGAAAG